AUGUCGGUGAAACGUGUCUUGGUUAUUGCAGGUUCUGACAGCUCAGGUGGCGCUGGCCUGGAAGCGGACCAGCGGGUUCUAGCGGCGCAUGGAUGUUAUGCACUAACUGCGACCACUGGACUGACAGCCCAGAACACUCUGGGUGUACAGGAUAUCUUCGUUGUCCCGGCUGAAUUUGUUAAGAAGCAAAUCAAUGCCGGUCUUGAAGAUAUCGGAGCGGAUGCUGUGAAGCUUGGGAUGCUUUCGUCCGCAGAGACAAUUGAUAUUAUCGCCGAAACGCUGGUGACCCACCAAGUUCCGUCGGUGGUGUUGGAUCCGGUGAUGGUCUCUACGAGUGGCUCUAAACUACUACCUGAAGCGGCCGUAGAAAAAUUGCGGACGAAGCUUCUGCCACUGACGACCGUUCUUACUCCCAAUAUCCCCGAGGCGAAGCUGCUACUGAAGGACGCCGGUCUAGACGUACCCGAGCCAGAGGGCCUCUCAGAUGUCCUUCAGUUAGUCAAGCAAGUUAAAGCUCUAGGCCCCAAAGCUGUUCUCCUCAAGGGUGGGCAUUUACCUCUCACCAAAGAUCAUAAGACGGCGCGCAACCAAGAAGCGGCUACCACAGUUAUAGAUGUGCUUUACGAUGGGGAAGAUAUAACACUCUUUGAGACAGAAUUCUUAUUAUCUAAGAACACCCACGGCACCGGAUGUUCUCUUGCAUCUUCGAUUGCAGCCAACCUUGCCUUAGGCAAAGAUCUGAAGCGAGCAGUGCAGAGUGCGGUUCGGUUCGUCGAGGCGGGAAUCAAGACCAGCUUUGAUAUUGGAAAGGGAAGUGGCCCAAUUAACCAUUUCCACUCGGUGUAUACGCUACCUUUUGCGCCUGGUCGUUUCUUAGAAUAUGCCCUGGACCGCUCUGAUAUUCGCCCGGUGUGGCAGAAGUUUACCGAGCAUGAAUUUGUUUCGGGCAUGGGUAGCGGCACACUUCCCGUGGAGAGAUUCAAGGAGUACCUAGUGCAGGACUAUCUGUAUCUGGUCCAAUUCGCUCGAAGCAAUGCGCUAGCAGCCUACAAGGCUAAGAAUAUGGAAUCCAUUGCUGCAUCAGCGCAAAUCGUCCUACACAUCCAGCGCGAAACAGCGUUGCACUUAGAUUACUGUGCCUCCUUCGGACUAUCCAAAGAAGAGAUGGAAAGAACACCCGAAACUAUCGCCUGUACUGCAUACAGUAGGUACAUUCUUGAUGUUGGUCAAUCCGAGGACUGGCUCGCGUUGCAAAUGGCUCUUGCGCCCUGUUUAAUUGGAUACGGGGCCAUUGCCCAGAGACUGUAUAGGGACAAGGACACUCUGCGGCAGGGCAACCGCUACUGGAAGUGGAUUGAAACUACGUUGCGGAGGACUACUCGGAGGCAGUUCGAUUGGGAUCUGAACUUCUUGAGAGACACAUGCGCGAAGUUUCUCCGAGCCGAUUGGAAGAGCUGA